AGCACAUCUCAGUCAUUACUUACACCCCCUGCACAGUGGGUUCUAGGACACACUUGUCUGGACAGGGAGCCGGGAAAGUAAUCAUCCAUUUUAAAGGAGAUGAAUGCAGCCUUGAUUCAUGACAAACUGUUCAUCAAAACAUUCUGGGAGCAAAAAAUUGUCAGUCAUGUACAGUUGACGGAAAACGAGGAACAGAGGAUGAAGAAUAGUGCACUGUCAAAGCUCCGUGAUGAAUGGCUCAUAAGACUUGAAAGUCGAACAAAGCAUCUCAAGAACUUCCGUGACGCACAGGCCGUAAAACUAACAUCAGCCAAGCAAACAGAUAAAGAAUGAUAAGUUGUACAUUUCUAAUGUAAAAUUAUCCAAAUGUUUCUUAAUAAUACAGAUCAAUAAAACAUCACAAAA